AGAGACUAUAAGUAACAGUAUUCGUCGUUACCGGCAUGCUGGAAGAGCGACGAUCCCCGCCUGAAAGCGCAGACGGCUUUAAAGACAUGCGCGUCGUCGUCUACAGCUCCGGCUGCAACGGGAAACCGGCAGGAGCCGUCGCGGCGACGACAGCAGCCUCGCCGAGGGCGACGGCGAAGAGUAACGUCUCCGACGGACUUAACGGAUCUGACGGAUUUUCUGACGGAGCGGAACACGUUCAAGCGGAGACGUCUACGACAAACGGACGGGAUCGUUCUACCAGUAGCAGCAGCACUACUAAGGAGGACGGGGUAGUACCAAUAUCUCCUGAGGAAUUGGAAGAGCGUAAGAAGACACUGGCAGCAGCGAUGCAUGAGCGAGCGUUGAAGUCGGCCGCGCGAAAGUCUUCCCUGGAUAUAACCGUGUUACCACCUCGCCAAGACGCGUGCGACUUCGUUCAGCAGGACGAGGAGAACGUGCGACAAAUCGGUGUUACAGACGAGAUGGCAAGCGACGGAUGGGAACCCUGGCGAUGGCGAACGAAACUGGUGAUGGAUUUCGUCUACGUCAUGCGACAAUGCAUGGCGACAAAACCGAAAUACAUCCUGCUGCUCCAAGACGAUACAAAGCCGGCCCGGCUCUACGACAUCGGUAUCGAGAAAUUCAUUAACGAGGAACUGAAGGGUCAAGAGUGGACCGUCCUAGCCCUCUACUACCCCCAGUCGUACCUGUGGCCGUAUCAGCACGGCCAAAACUACCUGGUUCCGUGCUGCGCUCAGGCUCUGCUUUUCAACGUAUCAGCGCUGGAAGGCUUGCUAGGGUUUGUGGAGGAGCAUUUUACGGAGGCUCCGAUGGAUUGGCUGCUAAACCAGUACCUGACUGGCUUCAAUCGGACGGGAUACGUGCACGUGCCGUCGCUGUUUCAACACAUAGGCGACGUGAGGACUAAGGCGCCGGGCGUCGUCUCUCGAACGCAUCGGGACAGGGGCUUUCGGGACGACUACGUAGUUAAUCUACUGAUGGAAGCUAACGAUAAUGAGUCCGCGAAUGGUGAGGAAACGGCAGAAGGUGAUGGGGAAGGCAGUGGGGUGCAGAUGACCCCUCGGCAAGUUUUUCGCGCGUACCCGACAAGAGGAGUCGCGAGAGUCAAGGACGGAUGGUAUGCGGAUGAAGAAUGAAGUAGAAAUACUACGUAUCUUUGUUCAUAAAACCUUAUUUUCUCAUAUAUAAAAUGUACAGAAUGUC